AUGCACGCCCCUGAGAACUCUCACAUUAUCAUCCACAAUGAUCUUGUUAACCCCGAGGCAGUUGUCAUUCCGCUCUUGACACCCAGCCUUCAUGUCAAUCUUGAGGUUCUUCUAAUUCGGCUGCCAAAAAUCAAAAGUAUUGGAUCUGCCAUCUUCCAAGGAUACUUGACAAUGAUGAUCCUUAAUAUCAUAUUUGCGCUGGUCUUUCUUUCUGACGAGGAAUAA